AUGUCUUUUCAGUCACCUAUAAAUAACUUUGUUGACAAGUUAGAUAUUAUUUAUGAAGAAGUUAUUUAUGUAGAGAUUCAAUAUCCUAUAGGUAAAUCUGGUGGUCAAAAUGAUAUGACUUGUUCUUAUCUUAGUGGUAGUGCUGUGAAUAAAGAUGAUAGAACUUGUCAAGGCAUAAAAAUAUGCGAAUUUUGUAAGUUUAAAACUUUAGGAAAUGCAGCACAAAUUAGUAGAUUUUGA